AUGACUAGCCAUGGAGGUGAUGAGUUUCUCAAGUUUCAAGAUUCUGAAGAACUCCAGAGUGGAAGAGAAAAGAGCAAGAGAGAAAGAAAUCGACGCAUGGCUUCCGAUAACAUCAUCAAGGAACGCCAAGUGGUGGUACUCUGCGUUUCACAAUGUCACAGCUAUGGUUGGAGCUGGUGUUCUUAG